GCUUAGUCGAAAUUGGAGGGAAAAUCCCCAAAACAAUAUUUCAUCCCUUCUUAAAAUUCUCCAUCGAUCUUCUCCGAUCUUUUUCCAACUUCCGUCUCUCUCUCUCUCUCCGAAUUCUCGAUUCGUGAGCUUCUCUUCACUUUCGAAAAAUGUUCUCCAACAGUCAAUUCGAGCCGAACGCCGCUUUCUCCGGCGGCGGAUUCAUGUCUUCUCAGCCUUCUCAGGCCUAUGAAAGCUCCUCCUCCACUGCUAGGAAUCGUGACUUUCAGGGUCUCGUCCCAGUGACGGUGAAGCAAAUAACCGAGUCUUCUCACUCCGGUGGUGAAAAAUCUGGGGUUGUCAUCAAUGGGAUUGAAGUAACAAACGUCUCACUGGUUGGGAUAGUGUGUGACAAAGAUCUCUCAAAGGUCACUGAAGUAAGAUUCACACUUGAUGAUGGAACAGGACGAAUCGAUUGUAAAAGAUGACCUAUAAUGGACUUCAAUGAGGUUACCUUUCACUAUAUCGAGUGUAUACACUUCUAUUCACAGAACUCUGGAUCACAGUCGGGACAGCAAGUUGGUGAUGCCACUCAAUCCCAUUUGGCUAAUGCAUCAGUUAACACGAACCAGACAACCACAUUGAACCCUGUGGUUCCCUCUCAGAGCAGUGAUGGAAAUGGUCGCAAGAACGUUGAUGACAUGAUUCUUGACUAUCUAAAGCAACCUGCUUGCACUGCGAGACAACAGGGGAUACACAUUGAUGAAAUUGCCCAGCAACUGAAGAUUCCAAAGAACAAGCUAGAGGGUGUGAUUCAGUCACUGGAAGGCGAUGGUCUUAUAUACUCGACGAUCGAUGAGUAUCACUUCAAACACGUCGAGCUUUGAGUGCGGUUAGCUAGUAGAUAGAGUCAGUUGUAUCUUCUGGUGGUUUGAGAGAUGAAAUUUGCAUUUUCACGAUCUAGUAUCAUUCUGAAACUCACUCUAGCAAUUUGCUUGCUUCAACUGAUUGAUAUUGGAUUUUGAUUCUUGGUUUGUGAUUUGAGAGAUGUUCUUUGUUUAGUAUUUCAAUUUCAAUCAUAGUUCGUAGUAUACUUGAUGAUCUAUUUUGUGAUAUAUUAUGAGUUAAACUCAUCUCGAGUCGUUGUUUUUGAUCAGAAAUUAAGCUUGCAAUGAAAUUUAC